AUGAUGUGGGGAAACUGGACAAUUGUCAGUGAGUUUGUCCUUGUGAGUUUUUCAACCUUAUCCUCUGAGCUACAAGCUCUACUAUUUCUCCUUUUUUUGACUGUUUACCUGGUUACUCUAAUGGGCAAUAUUCUCAUCAUCCUGGUCACUACAGCUGACUCUGCUCUACAAAACCCUAUGUACUUCUUCCUCAGGAACUUGUCCUUCCUGGAGAUAGGCUUCAACUUGGUCAUUGUGCCCAAGAUGCUGGGGACUCUGAUCAUCCAAGACACAACCAUAUCCUUCCUUGGCUGUGCCUCUCAGAUGUAUUUCUUUUUCUUCUUUGGGGCUGCUGAGUGUUGCCUCCUGGCCACAAUGGCAUAUGACCGCUAUGUGGCCAUCUGUGACCCUUUGCGCUACCCAAUCAUUAUGAACCGCAAGGCCUGUGCCCAGCUAGCAGCUGCCUCUUGGUUCUCAGGGUUUCCAGUGGCCACCGUGCAAACCACAUGGAUUUUCAGCUUCCCUUUUUGUGGCCCCAACAGAGUGAACCACUUCUUUUGUGACAGCCCCCCUGUCAUUGCACUGGUCUGUGCUGAUACCUCUCUGUUUGAACUGGAGGCUCUGACGGCCACUGUCUUAUUCAUCCUCUUUCCUUUCUUGCUGAUCCUGGGAUCCUAUGUCCGCAUUCUUUCCACUAUCUUCAGGAUGCCCUCAGCUGAGGGGAAACGCAAGGCCUUCUCCACCUGUUCCUCCCACCUUCUGGUUGUGUCCCUCUUCUACAGCACUGCCAUCCUCACAUACUUCCGACCCCGGUCCAGCACCUCUCCUGAGAGCAAGAAGUUGUUGUCACUCUCCUACACAGUAGUGACUCCCAUGUUGAACCCCAUCAUCUACAGCUUAAGGAACAGUGAAGUGAAGUCUGCACUGAGGCGAGUCAUCCGCAGGACCCUGGGCCCUCAGAAACUAUGA